CGCUAUGUUAGGCAGAGCCGCGGGAGAAGCUCGUCGACAUUUUUACACGGCAUCAUCAGAGCUGACGUGGAGACUACGUGUGCAGCGGAUCGGGCCAUCCACCCCUACCGUAAUCAGUGACGAGCCCCACUACGUAAAAAAAACCUCGACGAGUAGCCAUGGAAACCAUGGUUGCAUCUCAGCAGGAUGCAAGUGUGAACGACUCUUUGUCUGACGGAGAAGUGAUUCGGAUUAAGAAUGAGUCCGGCUCGUCCUCGCUGGCACAGACCUCUGUAGGUGGGGAAGGAGGAACAGGAGCGCCCUCUGCAGUCACUGUGGUGCAACUGUCGGGGGGACAGACGCUGCACGUCCAGGGUGUCAUCCAGGCCCCCCAGGCUUCUGUUAUACAGUCCCCCCACAUCCAGAACAUGCAGGUGGUUGCAGUGGCGGCGUCUGAAGACGGGGAGACGGCGGAGGUGGCGAGAGACACGCAGAAGAGGAGGGAGAUUCUCACAAGGCGUCCGUCUUAUAGGAGGAUAUUCAAUGAUCUGUCGUCGGACGCGUCGGCCGUCCCGAAGAUCGAGGAGAAUCCAGAGGAGGACAGAGCUUCCCCCAGUGAUCCCCAAGUAUCGGCUGCCGCCUCCAUCUACCAGACCAGCUCCGGACAGUAUAUCGCCAUUACUCAGGGAGGAGCGAUCCAGAUCGCUGGACCAGGCACCGACGGGCUCCAAGGCCUGCAGAGCCUCGCCAUGUCCAACUCAACGGCGCCCCCACCUGGCACCACAAUAGUGCAGUAUGCGGCUCAGCCAGGGGACGGGACCCCACACCUCUUUGUGCCGGGCAGUCAGGUCGUUGUGCAAGCUGCCACCGGGGACAUGCCAGCCUAUCAGAUCCGCACGCCGGUCUCCAGCCUUGCCCAGAACGUCGUGAUGGCCGCCUCUCCUGGUGCCCUGCACAGCCCUCAGCCACAGCACACCGAGGAGGCCACACGCAAGAGGGAGGUCCGUCUCAUGAAGAACAGGGAGGCCGCGCGGGAGUGCCGCAGGAAGAAGAAGGAGUACGUUAAAUGUCUGGAGAACCGGGUGGCGGUGCUGGAAAACCAAAACAAGACUCUCAUCGAGGAGCUCAAGGCCUUAAAGGACAUCUAUUGCCAUAAAGCAGAGUAGCGGCUCGCUGGGUGCGCAGCCAGACGGACCUCCGGGGGGGUGGCGGGAGCGAGUGUCUCCGAAGGACUGAAGAUCCGCUGCACCGCUCCCGGGGCAUGGUGGGGGCGCUAGAGGAGCCCCAGACCCUGCCGACCCCCCCGUGUAUGAAUGUGUGUUGCCCCCUUUGCUUAUGCUUCCUGCAGGGAAACUGCGAAAGCCUGGAAAUCCAACCUUUCCACGCCGGAGUCCCCGAGGUUAUAGCUGGUGGGAUAUCAACAGGAAGAGGACGAACCGGGCGCAUCCGGAUGGGACGGAGGCGCAGUGUGUGUGCCCCGUCCACGUUCCCCGUCCUCCUAGCGCUUUGAGUCCCAACUCUCAUAUAGGCCUACAAUGAUCUUACUACCUGUAAAUUUCCCCAUAACUCCCAUUUAAACCAAACAGAAUAAGAGUGGAACUGGGACUUCUCAAUGCCGCCCCACAACAAGACUUUAUCAAUUUAUCAGUUCCUUUUUUUCUAGAGAUCUAUUUUCUAUUGCAAAAGAAUUGUAAGAAACUUUUAUUUUUGGAUUGUCACGUGAAACCCAGCCUUUCAGAUUCUGUAUAACAGCUGUGCUAUUCUAUCGAUUGCUUUUUUGAACGCCCAAAUAGGUAUAUAGUGAACGACAGAUGUCCCAGUGAUAGGUUUUUAUUAAAAUUGUUUUUGACCAUUAAAAACUUAAUUGCAUGGUUCUUCUUUAUAAACUUAUAGUUUUAUAUAAGUUAUGAAGAACGAGUCAAAAAAGAGUAUCGAUUUAUACAUUAGGGUACUUAUUUUUAAAAGAUCGAAAUGGAUGGACGAUUCUGCACAUGAGGAAUACUUCAGUUUCAGAAGCACAUUUUUUUGUGAAUGACGUUUGUUUACAUCAAGUAACAAUACAGUAGCGAGAACCGACAGCUCACACAUGCAACCAAACGUUAUAGCAUUUUAUAGUUCUUGUUUCUGAACUGGAGAGACUUUGAUCAUUCGCAUACUAAAAGGGGAUUAUAACCCGCCGUACAAUACUUCUAUAAUACCAGUGUAAAUUCCAACACCGCCGACCCCAUAGGUUCAUAUUAAUGUAUAAAUUACGGCUCAAGUACUUUCGAUUGACACAUUUGAACCUUGACAUUUCUUAGCCCUGUGUCCCACAUCUGCAUACAGCUUUCUGUACUUUUCUGUUGCUCCAAAAACUCCUGCCUGUGUGUAAUGAUUCAUAUACACACACAAUUUCCGCCUGGGUGGAAAACGUUGUCCGCUGUGGUUUCUGUCUUCUGUAAUCCUCUUUUUAUUACCAUUCAUUAUUUAUUUAUAAACAGCAAGAAUCUAAAUGCGGACAACCCACAAACUGUACUAUGCCAUAAAUGUAAUAAAAGAUAAAACUGGAUAUUUCAAACA